AUGGCUAUGGGGACGUCGUAUCCUAGAAGGCUACAUGAUGAUAUCCAAGAUUCUCCGACUGUCCCUGACCAGUCUCUUAAGAACUCCAACCGUACAACCGAUAGAGAUUCAGUAGACUUGGCGCAUCUGUCGCAAGAACAAGAUGCCACUUCUUGGUCAGUCCUCUCUGCUCGAAUGACGGACACACUACCGAGAGAGGAGCCGUCCCAUUGCCCUCCAGCAUCCAGCGCCUUGGACAAUCCUCCCUUCCCGUCCCCUCCCGCGGAAACUAGCCCUAGCAUUCCUCCGUUACCCGACUUCAAUUUCUCACCAGGGCCCGUCUCCCAUCCGAUAUCCUAUGUCCGGCCACCUCUGGAUGCCCCCCAGCAUGUCCUCCACCAGGCCCACUUCACGAGAUACUCGUCUUCAGCAGAGGUGGGACUUGCAAGUACCUCCGCCGGUUGUGAAGCACUGAGCCCCUCGACUUCCCAUGGCACUCUUCGUUCGCCCUGUUCCAAUGACGCGCACUUAUUCUCUGCUGGAUUACCUCAGGACAAUGCAGGCACUCCAGAUACCUUCUUCACCGGAAUUAUGGAGAGCCACGCCACUGAUUUCCCCCCCGGAUUGGUUGAUCAUAAUGAGCUAUCUAGCCCAGAAAAGCAGUGGCAAACAUAUCUGACUAGUGUAACUGAUAAUUACGGGUUGGAUUGUGGUCGACCGGACGUGGAUCUGGGGAAAAAUGAUGAUCACUCGGCGAUCAAUGUCAAUGAUGCCCUCAGUAUAGCGCGCUCGCCAAUGGGGGGUCACCAUGAUUCUAGCCCAGGCGGACAGAGUGGGGUGGGCAGCAAGUACGAGUACUAUGCUACACCUGUUGCCAUCAAUAUUCCGCGCUACCUCUCGCCUGUCCCUCCGUCUUUAUUGAAGACCCCCAUCAACUUGAUGUAUUUCCACCACUUCCUCAAUCAUACGGCACGAAUACUGGUCCCCCAUGAUUGUGGAGACAAUCCUUUCAGCUCUGUUUUGCCGUCUAUGGCCAUUGGAGAUUCCAAUCUCCUGAAUCUGCUACUCGCAUAUUCAGCUAGCCACCGCGCCAGGCACCUGGGACACUCCGAACCCGCGAAUCGGAUCGCACUGUGGGUGAGCAAUGUUUUCCCGUCCCUGCGUGUCGCGUUGGAAGAUCCCCAUGAAAAAGUGACAGACAAUCACCUUGCUACUGCUAUCAUGCUGCUCUCAUUGAAGAUUGUUUCGCCUAGCACCUUCGAGGUCCCGAUCCCUUGGCAAAGCCACCUGAAGCUCGCGCGGGACCUUUACCUCGCCCGCCAUAGCCAAAUGGCAUACUCCGGAAAUCGUGUGGGAGCUUUUCUUACCCGUUGGCUGGGCUAUCUCGAUAUUCUCGGGUCGCUCUCUUGUCGCUAUCAUGAGCCUCCUCUGCUUACCUAUUACUCGGUCUUGGAUACCUGCUGUGCGGAUGAGGAACGGGACGAGUUUGCCGUCGACUGCUUUACCGGCUUUACUGCUCGAACGGGGCUCUUUUUGAUGCAGCUGGGAGGACUAGUUCAUCAAUGUGACAAUGCACGUUUUGAUGAGAUGGGUGCUUUUAUCCCCGAGUGGACCCCUUCACCAGACGUAACUCGCAAGGCGGAUGCGCUGCUAGCACAGUGGGAUGCACUCGGUACGCACGCACGCGCUUAUGAGGGAAAUUACGAACGAUCCGAGUGCUCGGAUAUGAUUGCCGUUGAUCGUGCAUUCCGUUACGCUGGGCUGCUCCAUCUUCGUCGUCGCGUACUGGGCGAAUCGUCUAGCUCUAUGGCCGUUAAGGCAGCUCUGGAUGGACUCGUAGAGGCGGUAACCGCAAUCCGGCCGGGCGCCGCCGCUGAAGUCGGAGUGUUAUUUCCUAUCUUCACUGCCGGAUGCGAAGCCCAGGAGUUCGCACAGAGAAUCGAGAUCAAAGAGCGGUUGGAGAUCCUGGAGGGGACUGGAAUGAAACAGAUCCAAAAUGCUCGCACACUGAUGCAGCGCUGCUGGGAUGCCGAUGUGCCUUGGAUCGCCUUGGCCCAGGGGGAGUUUUUGGGAUAA